AUGGAUACUUUUUAUAAUAACGAUAGAAUCGAGAUUCGCAGCAGGGCUGAUUUCGAUAUUCCAGAGUUACCGUUGAAUGAAAAUAUAGUGUACGAUUAUUCAUCUGAUAGAGUAGUGAGAACCAGUAGUAACGUAGAUUACAGGGAUGGCAGUGGACACAACAUUGGCAAGAGCAUAACGACGUCGUUUCAGUUGUUGAAUGAAGAGUAUCAAGAUUAUCAAAGAACGCUGGGUAAUAGUAACAUACAAAUAUUAAGAGACUAUGAGAACCAUGUUUUAAUCAAGACAGAUGCACAACCAACAGGGACCAGUAAUAACAGCAGUAAUGCUAAUGAGAACGGGGACUAUUUGAAUCAAUUUUCAAAUUGGGAAAGGUAUGCGAAUCAACGACGAGUGGAUAUUCCAGUUAAUAUUCAACCUUUCAAUAGUGCUAUAGGCAGACAUAGUAGCACAACAGACGAUAAAGGAUUCAAUUUGAAAUUUAUGAAGAGACAUGUUUCUUUACGUAGGAAGGAUUUUACAAACGAUAAAGAGUAUAAUAACUUUGAAAAACGACAUAAGAAAAUAUUCCAUCGAGGAUUUUUCGGUAGAAAUAAUAGCAUUAAGAAUCAACACAAACCAGUAACAACGAACGAUGGUAAGCCACGAUCAUCGCAUAGAAGAAAUAGAUCUAAAUUCAGAAAUAAAUUCGAAUUGUAUUCUGUCCUCAAGUUUAUUAAUUUACAGACACUCCCACUGGAUGAGAGAGAUUGCGAUGAGAACGAUACCACUUCAUAUAGUAAUAUCAAGUAUUUUUUGAAUCAAAAACAAUUGUUUAAAUUGAAUCCUAAAUUGAUGGUGGAUUUGAAAUCGAUAGCGAACUCAUCCAAUGCUAACUUCUAUAUGAACAGGAAAAGAUCUGUGAUUAAAAGAAAGAAUAUAAUACCAAGACCCACAACAGCAACAGCAACGGUAACUAAUAACAACCGUACUAUUAAAUCAAUCAAUAAUAUAAAGAGGGGCAAUAGCAUUUGUACAACGACAUUGAAUAAGUAUAGUAAGAACUCACAAGAAUACCAAGCAUGUUCAUUAUGGAAAGAAUAUUUGACAAACAUAAUGUAUCAAAGAAUAGAAUUACGAUUGAAGUUACUAAACAUGGAAUCAUCAUGA